AUGGCGACCACUUUGACUGACGACAAGCGCCCUCAAUUACAGCCAGUGUGCCAGAACUGCGGCACCUCAACCACCCCUCUCUGGCGCCGAGACGAACUCGGCUCCGUACUCUGCAAUGCCUGCGGCUUGUUCCUCAAGCUGCACGGGCGACCUCGCCCGAUAAGCCUGAAGACCGAUGUGAUCAAGAGUCGCAACCGCGUGAAAACUGGCCAGGGUCCCAAACGCAAGUCUGGUGGUCCUGGCGAUGGCAACGGUUUUACGGGACAAGCCGAUGCUGGAACACCUCCCCUGGGCUCACAUGGAUAUCGUCGCGCGUCGCGUAAGAUGUCCCCAGGCCACUCGGAUCGCUCCAAUUCCCCCUUGUCGCGAACUGAGACACCCGGCUUUAGCUCGAUGCAGGCGCACAACUCGAAUAUCGCACCGCAGCACAUGUUCGACAGCGUCACUAGAGGUGACAAUGCCUUGAACUCGUCUACCGGUCUAUCCUCCCUCCCGCUCCGCCAACCGUCCCCCUCGGCUGUUGAUCGUCAGCUGGAAAAUCCCCAAACCUACGAGAGUCUUCUGGCCCUUAACACAUCCCUGAAAACUCGUGUUAGUGAGCUAGACUUGAUCAAUGAGUUGUUCCGGGGUCGCGUUGCCGAGCUGGAACAGAGCGACGCUAGUGCGCGUCGGUCGGAAAUGAUCGCUCGGGACUCCGAGGCUCGUCUGCGUCGGUCACUCGAAGAAUCGCAGCGCCGCGAAGAGGACCUUAAACGCCAAGUCAGCGAACUCGAGCACCAACUGGGAACUAGUGGCACCGGCGAUCUGGAUAGUUCAGAACCUCAGGCUAAGCGGAUUCGACUUUCAGAUGUGGUGGAGCAAUCCUCCGAGGAGCCUCCAUCGCAAGUGAAAUCUCCGAAGAGCGCCUAA